AUGUUUGGGCAUGUGCAAGCAGAUUGUUGGUACAAGGAGAAACAAGCGAAUUAUAUUGAGACAACUGAUGGAGAAAGUAAGUUAUUCAUGGCGUAUUGUGAUACUAAUGAAGUUACAGGUGAUAUUUGGUUUGUAGAUAGUGGUUGCUCCAACCAUACGUCAGGUAUGAAGUCAAUCUUUAAAGAACUUGACAAGACACAAAAAUCAAUAGUCAGGCUUGGUGAUAAUAACAGCCUUCAAGCGAAAGGAAAAGGAACAGUAGCAAUCAAAUGUAGUCAUGGUAAAGUAAAAUUUCUUCAUGAUGUUCAAUUUUUUCCUAGUUUGGCACAUAAUUUACUGAGUGUUAGGAAACUAAUUGCCGCUGGAUAUUCACUUUUGUUUGAUGAUAGAGCAUGUGUUAUUAAAGAUAAAACAUCAAGACAAACAAUGGUUAAUGUGCUCAUGGCUGAAAAUAGAAUGUUUCCGCUAAAAGUUUCAAAUGUGGAAAAUUUUGCUUUGGUUACUGAUGCCAAAAAUGAAUCUGAAUUGUGGAAUUUGAGGUAUGGGCAUCUUACUUUCAAGGGACUAAAGCUACUAAGCCAAAAAGAUGAUUUCAGUCGCAUGAGUUGGGUGUAUUUUCUGAAAUACAAAUCAGAAGCUUUUGAGAAUUUUAGAAAAUACAAGGAUUUAGUGGAGAAUCGCAGUAGGUUGCGCAUAAAAAAUCUCCGAACAGACAGAGGUGGUGAGUUCUUAUCUAACAAAUUUGUUCAUUUUUAUGAUGAAUUUAGAAUUCACAAGGAACUUACUACACCCUACACACCGAAGCAAAAUGGUGUAGCUGAAUGCAAGAAUUGUACCGUUAUAGAGAUGGCAAGAAGUUUAUUGAAAGGCAAGGGACUUCCAAACCAAUACUGGGCAGAAGCAAUUGCAACUUUAGUGUACCACUGA